AUGCAUCCUCCGCCGAGCCAUAUGGCUCACAACUCGACCACGCUGUACCAGACCAUCACCAACACGCUCGGUCGCACCAAUACACGCUCCAACUCUUCCUCUUCUUCCACAUCCAACAUGAGCCAAUCCUCCCAACGCUCUCCGCCCACGAGCUCCCAUAAGCGCACCGCUUCGCAGAACAAGAGCGCCUCCACCUCCUUUGCCACCUCCGCUCUGCCCCGUAAUCUCAUCUUUGACUACGUUCACCCGGAAGAGGUGCGGGCCGCUCACGCGCUCGAAGUAGAGGGUUACCCUCCUGAAGAUGCGGCCAGCUACGAGAGGCUGCUGAGUCGUCAGACGGCCGCUCCUCAUCUGUUCUUGGGUGCCUUUGUGCCCCUGCCGUUGCCCAAGGUCGCCGGUCCUCUGUCCGUGUCCAACGAGCCGAGGAGGAGGAUCGUCGGCUUCAUCACGGGCACCGCUGCGCCCGCACUCACGCUCCGCUCCAUGUCGACGCACGACACCUCGGAAGACGCACGCAUCGUCUGUAUCCACUCGGUGUGUGUCGCGCCCGAGAUGCAGAAGAAGGGGCUGGCCACAAGAAUGCUCGAGAACUACAUCUCACGCGUCCGCAAGGCGGAAGAGGGCAAGGGUCCGGAGGGUGACAAGGGCAAGCGCGGAUACGAGACGCUGGCGCUGCUAGCACAUGAAGAGCUCACGGGUCUGUACAGGAAGGUCGGCUUCCGCAUCCAGUGCGUCAGUCACGUCCAGUACGGCAGCGGUCAGUGGCUCGAGAUGAGGCGCAGCGUCUACCCCUCUCCUAGCAGCGGCACUGGCAGUCGCAUUGGAUCGCAACUCACACGCACCGCUUCAGCAACCUCGACGGCGAGCGACGAAGCCCAAGCACCAGCCGGGCUCAAGAUGAGCCCCACGGGCCCUCUUGCCAUCGACACGAACCAAGCGUUCAAAUCGGAAUCGCUCUCUUCUCCCAUCGUCUCCUCCCCCAUCACCGAAGACAAGAAGCUCGUCGCCUCGCCGCCUGCCAACUCCGCCGUCCCAUCCAAGACAGCGCCGCCAGGCAUGCCCUCGCAAGCUUCGAUCAUGGCUGCGCUCGCCGCCCAGUCUCAACCCGGCAAAUCGCCCGGUCAAACGUACACCUCGAUCCUCGGCCAAGCCGUUGCCGCAAAGACGCCCGCCGAGGACGCGGGUAUGGCGCUCGAAGCACGUCUCGUUGACCGCGACACAGGCGCCAACCUGGCCCGUCUCUACUGUCCCAUGGAGAAUUGUCGUUGCUGCAUCCUCGCCAAAGGUGCGGGCGAGUGGACGCGCAAGGAGUCCGGGCCGCUGUCGAAUCCGUCCCUCGAGCUGCCCAAUUCGCCGUCGCCGCCACAGGCACCUGCGUUCCCACUGCACGCAGCGAGCGCCGGUGCCUCCCAUCGACUGCUCACCAGCGUCAAAGGCUUCUGGACGGUAGCUGGGCCUUUGCAGUUUGACAACGUCGGCUUCUCACGCGAUCUCAAGUGGACGGUGCCUAGCGAUCCCACUUCACCGAAGUCCCCGCCUGAGCCAGUGUCGAGCCCGCCGCCCACGAAAGCGCAGGAGAAGGAAGCAAAGGACAAGCUCAAGCGCGAAGAAAAGGAGCGACAGCGCGAGGAGAAGGAGAAGCGCAAGCAGCAGAAGCGCAACAAACGCGGCGGAAGCGGGUCGGAGGACUCGGACGAAGACGUGGCGGCGUUGCUCUCGCAUCUCAGCCUAGGCUUGAACCCGGGCGAGGAGCUGACGGUCAAGUACCUGCUCUGCCCCGAUUGCGAGUGCGGACCGCUCGGGUUCACGAUUCUGCCGACCGAGAUGCAGGACGGGCGAUUGGCCGCGCAAGUCGGCGAUCAGGUGGAGAAGAUGAAGGGCGGCAUGAUGGAGUCCGGCCAGUCGAAAGGCAAGGAGCAGGUAUUCUACCUCGCAGCGGAUAGGGUGAGGUAUCAGUUCGAGCGAUCAUGA